GGGAGAAACAGGGUGAACACUGUUUUGACCUGUUAGUGUUUAACUAUAGAAAUGUGCACUUGCACUUUGACUGAAAAAACAUUUUGCUUUGUUGAUGAAGACCAGUGAUUCUUUAAUGAUCAACCUUAUUUUUGACGCAGCUUGCAGUGUCCCGGCUUUUUUGGUGGGUCAGAGGUGGUGAGAUCACUGCUGCCAGUGCAUGUCCACUUUCAGAGACAAGGAGCAACGUGGGCAAGCAUAGCCUCGGUUAUUGAUUAAUACUCUGGAUGGAAGAUUUAGUAUCUGAAAGUACAUGUAGAGGGGUAAUUGGUCAGUCCAAAACAGACGAAUUGCCUCCUCCUGCUGCUCUCAGUGUUGACUCAUCCUGCAGAUCCUGCCUGAAAAGCAUCAAGCGCUGGGUGCCUUUGGACUACAAGCAUGAAAUGGUUCAGCUUUUAAAACUUGCGGGUCCUGUGUUCAUUUCACAAUUGAUGAGCUUCCUGAUCGGCUUCGUCAGUGCGGUGUUCUGCGGUCACCUGGGAAAGACGGAGCUGGCAGGGGUGGCGUUAGCAAUAGCAGUCAUAAAUGUCACAGGUAUUUCCAUUGGCUGUGGUUUGAUAUCAGCAUUUGAUACUCUCAUAUCGCAGACUUAUGGAAGUGGUAACCUGAAGCGUGUAGGAGUGAUACUCCAAAGAGGAGUUUUGAUCCUCCUCUUAGCCUGUUUCCCCUGCUGGGCUCUCCUUAUUAACACUCAGUCCAUUUUGCUUGCUGUCAGGCAGAGCACGGAGGUUGCAAGACUGUCGCAGCUGUAUGUGAAGAUCUUUAUGCCGGCUCUGCCAGCUGCCUUCAUGUACCAUCUGCAGGGGAGUUAUCUUCAGAAUCAGGGCAUCAUGUGGCCCCAGGUGAUAUCCGGAGCCAUGGGAAAUGUUUUAAAUGCUGUUAUCAAUUACAUCCUCCUCAGUGUUCUGGAUCUGGGGAUUGCGGGAUCCGCAGCUGCCAAUGCCAUCUCACAGUACUCCCUGGCUGUGUUUCUGUUUUUAUACAUCUACGUCAAAGAGCUGCACAUACCUACAUGGGAUGGCUGGUCUGGAGACUGCCUGCAAGAAUGGGGUUCCUUCUUCCACUUGGCCCUCCCCAGCAUGCUGAUGCAAUGUCUGGAGUGGUGGUUGUAUGAGAUUGCAGGGUUCCUGGCUGGUGUCAUCAGUGAAACAGAGUUGGCGGCUCAGUCUGUAGUUUAUGAAGUGGCUGUUGUGGUUUUCAUGUUUCCUGCGGGCUUUUCUGCUGCUGCCAGUGUAAGGGUUGGAAAGGCUCUUGGUGGUGGGAACACAGACCAAGCCAAGCUGUCCAGCAAGGUCUCCCUUCUCUGUGCAUUGAUUGUCUCAUGUUUCCUUGGAGCCUUUCUUGGUAUAGCCAAGGAUGUGAUUGGUUACAUAUUUACCACAGAGAGAGACAUUAUACAGAGGGUGGCUAAUAUCAUGAAGCUAUACAGUUUCAUCCAUGUUGCUGAGGCUAUUUCGAGUGUGACAGGAAGCAUUGUCAGGGGGGCAGGGAAGCAGAAGAUUGGUGCGCUGUGCAGCUUGGUGGGAUACUACCUCAUUGGGUUCCCGAUUGGAGUAUCUUUAAUGUUCCCCGUGAAAAUGGGAAUUUUAGGGCUUUGGACUGGGUUUUUAAUUAGUGCUUCUUUACAGUCCAUGUUUUUUAUAGUUUUCCUGUGUAAACUAAACUGGACGAAAGCCACUGAGGAGGCACUUGUAAGAACAGGAGUCCAUAUUACAGAGAGGAAUACUAAUGCUUCCCUCAGUGCCCUGGACCCAAGGGAAAAAUGCAUGAGGACCAGCCGAUCCAGUUCUCUGACUCCAGUAGAAGAAAGGCCAGAGCCACUCAGUUCAGAUCAGAAGCCCUUGGGCGCCGUGGCCUUAUCCACCAGGCAGCUGGUGUUACGGCGUGGUGCCACUGUGCUGCUAAUGUUCGUCAUCCUUGCUGCUGGAGUUAUCAUCAGCGAAGUUCUCAUCAGACUCCUUGAAAAGUGAUUGAAUAAUGUGUGCAGCACAAAACAAACAAACAAGUCUGCCUUUGGGAGUAUAUGUGACAUGUAUCAUAGUAAAGCACAUCUUAUAAACCAGCUUAAUAUUUAUCACAGGAUGUUCUGUCUGCACCCACAAUAUGAAGUAAUUAGGAUGACUGUGAAGACUGUGAAUUGCCCCAUCUCAACUAAUUCAUCAUUUAAAAUAUUCAGUCCAACUUUUACAAAAUUUUAGGCCAUUUUGUUUUCUGCACUUAGUGCAUCAGAUGGCAAAUAGCAACAUUAGAAUAAGCAGUAAUUACUGAGCUUUCUAAAAGUCAAACACUCUUCUUGGGGCUGAAUUAUAGCUUCAUUCCCUGACAUUACUGCACAAUCCAAAUGUCUUUAAAGUCACAGAAUAUUAUCUGCUUGCCAUUUUAGUAGUAGUAUUUGAGGUCAGUUUUCUAGCUCUUUCUAGAUCUAAUUUAAUCCAUAGUCGGAAAAAUAUAGUAAAAAAUAGGGCUUAACUGAAUGAAAAGCCAAAGUGAAAAUAGUUACUGUAUAGACAAGACUUUCUUUUUUAUAGGAACAUGCUGUGUAAGCUGCGCGCCAAUCGAGACUCUGAAAUAAAUAAAAUUUCCCAUCCUACAAUUCAUAGCCUGAAUGGAUGCCGCAAUUAGAACUAACAUGAUUAAAGGUUAUAUUUAGGCUACAGCACAUCUGUGGAAGGGUGCUUUCAUCAUCAAAAGACAGAAAUGCUACUCUCUUGCUUGGUUUAUCUUGCGUUCCUUUGAUCUGUGUUGCCAAAUUUGAUGAUAAUGAAAGGCCUGUAUGUGCUCACUGUAACAUGCUGGCUGGAUAAAGACAUGUCACCCUGAGCAAAUCAACCACCUGUUCCCUCUGCCCGAGCAGAUAACCAGCUCACAGCUGAAGCCUGCUCAUAAAUAAAGGAUUCAACCUGCUUAACAAUGAACAGUCAACCAUGUGGGAUUUUGGCAUGUAUAUGUGGUGUUUGUACACAGCUAUUAAUUAAAUAAAUUGACUGUCUGUCUGUAAUAUGUAAGGUUAGCCUGGAAUCAGUUAGCGCAAAGGCUAGUAAGAGGAUUCACUGCCCAAAGAUAACAAAAUCUGCAUUUAAAUACCUCUAAAGCUCACUAUCUACCCAGUUGUGGCCAGUGACCAAACCAGAGCCUGGCUCCUCCUUGUACAGUCUGUCCUAAAGCAAAGACCUGCUAUUGUGUUUGGGCCAGAUUUCAAUUAAUUCUUUUUUUUGGAGCAAGUCUGAAAACAAGUAAAUAAGAAAUCUGAUUUUUAUUUGAUUUUAAUCUGAACUCAACUGGCAUGAGAAGUUCCCAAAUUACGCUCAUAACAUGUUAAGUGAAUACAAAACAGGGGAACAGGUUUUGGUUGCUCUAGCUUUAUUUUUGCUACACAGAUGUAAAUCCUUUUCUCAUCAAGUGUAUUUCCCGACUACACUACUUUUAUUUUACUUGUGCUAAUGCUAAACGUUGAUGUCAAGCAGCUAAUGGACGGUCACACAGGUUAAAGCACGAUACAAGGCCCUGCACUUGCUACAGCUUGAUGUUUGCAACAGUACGGUUAAAAAAAACUUGCAUAUUAAUUUAUCAUUAUUCAACAUGUAAAUCAGGUUUGAUUCAUACAAGGUUACAUCGUCAUCCGAGCUUCAGUCUUGCUCAUCAGUGUAGAUAUUGCCACAGGCUCCUCACAGAGACCAUAAUCUUGGUCUGCUCACCUCCAGAGACUGCAAUCAGUAACACGCUGCGGCAUCAUUAACAAGUGAAAAGUGACUGUCUAAAGAUUUGCUGUCAAUAUCUUUAGACUGCAACUUAGUCUCUUUGGGAGUCUCAUAUUAACUUCUUAGGUGUUGUAACCACAAAGCACAAUAAUAUUCUUGAAUCUCAGUUAAAUUAUGACUCCAAUUAAUGCAGCAAUAUAAAGCCAGGACAGAGUUUAAAUGUCCAAAUUUAAAUAGAAAUAGUAUUAAAUGUUGA